AUGAAGAGCUACAACUUCCGUCAAAAGGAUAACGUUGUAUCCAGCCUUUGCCUUGGGAAUGUUGACAUCCGCGUCGGUGUGGUGUUUUGCAAUUACGUACUUGGACAGAAUACAUCUCAGCACGUGGACGACUGCGUCUUUAAUCCGAGGGCGAAAGAGAGGCUUCUGUGGCAGCCAUUACACAUCGAAUUAGAUAUUCCCAUCAUGGUCAAGCUGGGCGAAAUCGCAGACGAAUUUCAUAUGUAUGAUCUUAAAGAGAAAGUUUCGGCCUGGAUGCAGAACAAGAAUUCACGGGUAUUGCCUCCAGUGGCAUCCGACACUUCAUCGCAAAAGCCAGCGCGUGGCGGAAAACCCAAGCGGUCCAGCAAUGCUGAGCAGCCCGACGAGGACGAGUUCACCGACGGGGAAACCGUGGUGCUAUCGCCCCAGCAAGUUCAGUGGUUCGACAGGGCUGAUCGUCAUGAAAUGGCCAAAUCAAGCCGACACUGA